GCACCGAGUGCAGGGAGGACGGACUGCGGCAGCGGGCCAAGCAAAUUAUUCAAUAAGAUCCAAAGGAGCCUUGUGCGGGUUUUUAGGAAGUCCAGUCAUUCCUGGUUGCAGUUAGAUCAGCACACUGGGGCCAGUCGUUGUUGUGGUAGACCUACAGCUGGUUUUCCCCUUGACUAAUCAACAGACCAACCGGACUCCACCCAUCUCCUUCCCCAUACUGUAGCAUGAUAAGGUAGGCGUGACAAACGAUCGGUCAUAUGAGCGUCAGUAGCGCUCGAGCAGUCCUGCCCAGUAGCGCCAUGUCACCGGGGAACCUCGGCCGCUCGUGAGGAUUUUGCAACGGGAUGGAGCGGUAUGGCAACGCCGACGUACAUUAUAAACAUCAAGGUGCUGAAUUAGGCUAUGGUUUGCCCUGAUACAUAACGGUAGCAGCAGCGCUUCCCAGACCAUCCCCCCCAGCCAGCUACCCCACCAGCCCAGGCCCAGCCAUGACAGCCAAGUCGUCCCUGCUCAAGGUGAUCCUCCUUGGCGACGGAGGCGUGGGAAAGUCCUCCCUCAUGAACCGCUACGUCACCAACAAGUUUGACACGCAUCUCUUCCACACCAUUGGCGUGGAGUUCCUAAACAAGGAGCUGGAGGUGGACGGGCGCACCGUGACGCUCCAAAUCUGGGACACGGCGGGCCAGGAGCGCUUCCGCUCGCUCCGGACACCUUUCUACCGUGGCUCCGACUGUUGUCUCCUAACCUUCAGCGUGGAUGACAACCAGAGCUUCCACAAUCUCAACAACUGGAAGAAGGAGUUUGCCUACUACGCUGAUGUCAAGGAACCUGAGAAGUUCCCUUUCGUGGUCCUGGGUAAUAAGUUGGAUGUGCCAGAGAGGCAGGUUUCGGGCGAGGACGCCCGCCAGUGGUGCCGCGACAACGGCGGCCACCCGUACUUUGAGACGAGCGCCAAGGACUCGACCAACGUGGCGGCGGCGUUUGAGGAGGCGGUGAGGAGGGUGCUGGCGCAGGAGGAAAGGGGCGAGCACCUCAUCCCGACGAACACAGUGGACCUGCACAGGAAGCCUCGCUCUGGUGCCUCCUGCUGCUAAGGAGAUGUAGGGUUGAUUACCUUUAUUUGACUCUUAAAGGCCCAAUGCAGCUGUUUCUCUCAAUUUAAAAUGGGCAAAAAUAGCUUUUUAGCAAAAAAAACUAUUUCUCAAGCAAGAAUUUUGCUAAGACUGGGAAAACUAGCUGUUUUAUUGGAAGAGAGGUUUGGAACAGUUUUUGUUGUUGGUCUAUUGACCAAUCUACCGAACAGUGAUGUCACCAUUGAAAGCUGAAACUCCCGUCCAUGCAAACCUGCUGAUUAUAAUGUCCUGUGUAGAUUGUAUUUUCGACCACCAACUAUCAGGAAAUAAACUGAUCACAUUUCUUCACAGUU